AAAGAAAAUAUUGUACUAGUGUAGUUAUAUAUAUAUUUAUAUAACUCCUAGCUAGUUAUAAGAAAAAAAAACACACAAUAAGAAGAAAAUAAAGAUAUAGUACUAUAUAUUAUAUCAUUAUGGAGGACAAAAAAAAUAACAAGUCUUCAAUGUCCUCUCCCUUGCCGGAAAAUGGUGUCUCCGAUGAGGAAAAACAGACCUCCGGUAGUGAUUCUCCGUCCAAAACACGCCGGAGAAAGCCCGGUGGAUGGAGAGCUAUGCCUUAUGUUCUAGGAAAUGAGACAUUUGAGAGAUUGGCAUCAAUAGGGUUGUUGGCAAAUUUUAUGCAAUUUUUAUUAGAAGUGUUUCAUUUGGACCAAGUUUCUGCCUCCAAUGUUCUUAAUAUAUGGGGUGGCGUUACUAAUUUCAUACCAUUACUUGGUGCUUUUAUUUGCGAUGCAUAUAUUGGUCGAUUUUGGACUAUUGCUUUUGCCUCCGUUUUCGAAAUGAUGGGAAUGUUGGCAUUAACCAUGAUACCUUGGUUACCUAAGCUACACCCUCCUCCUUGCAAAAUGGGCCAACAUGAAUGCAAGAAGCCCAACAAUUCACAAAUGGGCUUUCUAGUAAUGGGCCUAGGAUGUUUAUCCAUUGGAUCUGCUGGAAUAAGGCCUUGUAGUAUCCCAUUUGGUGUAGACCAAUUUGAUUCAACAACAGAUGAAGGAAGAAAAGGAAUUGCUAGUUUCUUUAACUGGUAUUACACUUCAUUUACAUUGGUUUUGAUAAUUGCAGUUACAGUUGUGGUGUAUAUUCAAGAUUCUGUGAGCUGGGUACUCGGAUUCGGUAUCCCUACGAUACUCAUUUUCCUGUCUAUCAUUUUAUUUUUCAUCGGGACAAAAGUGUACGUUUAUGUCAAGCCUCAAGGAAGCAUUUUCUCGAGCUUCAUUCAAGUUUUUGUCGCGUCUUACAAGAAACGCAAGCUGAUGCUUCCUGAUGAAUGUGAGAGUAACGGGGUCUUUUAUGAUCCGUUGCUACCUGAAUGGUCCAUUGUGAAGAAACUCCCUCUAACCCAUAAGUACAGGUGGUUGAACAAAGCAGCUAUAGUGAUGGAGGAUGAAGUGAACACAGAUGGUACUUGUUCAAACAAAUGGAGACUAUGCAGUAUCCAGCAAAUCGAAGAAUUGAAAUGCAUACUCAAAAUAAUCCCAAUUUGGUCAGCAGGAAUUAUAUGUUUCACAGCGAUUGGACAACAGGGCACAUUCACAAUCUCACGAGCUCUAAAAAUGGAUCGUCACCUCGGCCCUAAUUUCCAGAUCCCACCAGGUUCCCUUUCUGUAAUAUCGAUGAUCACAGUAGGAAUAUGGUUACCAGUCUACGAUCGAUUCAUCAUGCCAUCUGUUACAAAAAUAACACGAAUCGAAGGUGGGAUCACAUUGUUACAGAGAAUUGGAAUUGGGAUGGUUUUUUCAAUUUUAUCAAUGGUUGUAGCAGGGAUAACUGAAAAGGCAAGAAGAAAUUCCGCGAUAACUCAUAAUAGUCCUGAUGGGAUUGCACCUGUUACAGUCAUGUGGUUAGCUCCACAACUAGUAUUAAUGGGAUUCGCCGAGGCUUUUAACAUACUUGGACAGAUUGAGUUUUACAAUAAGGAAUUCCCUGAAAAUAUGAGCAGUGUGGCUAAUUCUCUGUUUUCUUGCACAGUUGCUGGUGCAAGUUAUAUAAGCAGUUUACUAGUGAACCUUUUGCAUAAUACUACAGGAGGGCAUGGACAUCCAGAUUGGUUAACGAAUGAUAUUAAUGAGGGUCGGGUAGACAAUUACUACUAUCUUAUCGCGGGGUUAGGUGUGUUGAAUUUGUUCUAUUUUCUAUACGUUGCUCGUCGAUAUCAGUAUAAGACUAGAAUAGUUGUUGAUGAUGGAAUCAAGGGUUAUGCUGAUGUUCAUGAACUUCAUGACAUGAAGUAUUAAGGAAUUUGUGCUUAAUUAAGUUCAUAAUUUGUAAC